AUGCUCGACAAUGGGCCUGGACUUUACCUUUACUUUGCUAUAUCAGGCUUGGUGGUAGCUGUGUUAAGCUACUGUCGAAAAUAUUCGCUCAAUCAUUCGCGUCCCCCGCUGCCGCCUGGUCCUACCCCACUUCCAGUACUAGGAAAUGUUCUUAGUGUUGAUUCCGCUCGGCCUUGGCUGAGCUUCAAUGCCUGGCGAUCCACAUAUGGUGACAUCAUUUAUGCUCGUUUCCUCAACAAGCCUGUCUUGGUCGUCAAUUCUGAGGAGGUCGCGAAGGACCUCUUUGAUCGGCGUUCCAGCAUAUAUUCAGAUAGACCCCAGUCAAUUGUUUACGGAGCCUUCGCUUCAGAUUUUAACAUGGGAUUCAUGCCAUAUGGAAACAGGUGGCGCCUUCACCGACGAAUUUUUCAUCAGGCAUUUCAUCAAGCUGUCAUACCUGCUCACCACGAUGUGCAACUCCGUUCCGCCCACAAAAUGUUGUUCAAUCUUCUACAGGACCCUAGCAAUUAUCCAAGCCAUUUUCAGAUGUUUACUUUGACAUUCAUGCUGUCUAUAAUAUAUGACUGUGAAGCGAAAGCUAAGGACGAUCACGUCGUCCACGCCAUUACAAGAUAUGGGGAACUCAUAGUCGAUGGUUUCGCACCAGCUGCUAUGAUGUUAAUGGAAACAUUCCCUUUCCUUUUACAGCUACCUAGCUGGUUUCCCGGUGCCACAUUUAAGCGAGCAUCACUUAAGUGUAUCCAGGCAGGCCAUGAUGUGAAGGAGAUACCCUUCCAGUAUGUCAAAGAGAGGAUGGUAAAGCACCCUGCCAGUAGAGAGGACGACGUCAAUACAACUGCAGUUAAGGAGGCUGCUUCUGUUGCGUUCACAGGUAUUUUGCCCUUGACUCAGACCACUGCCACCUUACUCGUGUUUUUUCUUGCUAUGGUGCUCAACCCAGAAGUACAAGCCAAGGCGCAGGCGGAGAUCGAUCUAGUCGUUGGCAAAGAUAGACUCCCUAAUUUCGACGAUAGACCAGCGUUGCCUUACGUAGAAGCUAUUUUGCGUGAAACACUCAGGUGGCACCCAGUGAUUCCAAUGGGCGUCCCACACGCAACAACAACCAGUGAUGUCUACAAUGGCUAUUUCAUCCCUAAAGGUUGGGCAAUGACACACGAUGCAACGAAAUACCCCAGUCCUGACGAAUUCAAACCGGAAAGAUUUUUCCAAGAUGACGGGUCUCUCAACAGCGAUACUAUGCGUUUAGGCUUCGGUUGGGGUCGCCGUAUUUGCAAUUGGUCAGUGUGGGGACGGCAUGUCGUAGACGCGUCACUCUGGAUCGUGAUCGCAAAUUUCUUGGCGUUUUUCUCUGUCCACAAGGCCCUUGAUGAACACGGCAUGGAGAUCCCGGUCGUUCCGAAGUUCACCACUGGUUUCACAGUGUUUGCGAAUUCCAUCUGUGCCGGAGAGUAG